CCAUUGAAUCACACGACAUCUCAUGAGAAGACAAAGCGAUUUUUUUCUCGUCCUCAGUGUCAAACUGAUUGCAGGUGAUUUUUGUGUGUGAUCUUUACUAUAGUAUAGAGAGAAUCAUUCAGUGCCAAGGACAGAUACAGUUAAAUGUUGUCGCAAUCUGGUAUAAUGUCGAUCUCUAGGCAGGUUCGAUUGAUUGGGAAGACGUCUGUUCUUCUAUCAGCAAAAAGCGAACUCCCUAUGUGGGUUAGCUUGUCGCGAAUGACUUUAAGCUCUAUGACCCGCGCGGAGGCCAAAACUAACCAGAAGUGUCGCUGUCGCGCCACUGCACCAGAAGAAUCGCUUCCUCGCCGUGUCAUGAGGUCCGUCAAAUAUCGGUCCAAACUCUGGAAACCAAAGAUGAAGAAUGCUCCGUAUAACCAUGUUUGUCAAGUAGGAGAUCCGGUGCUACGGGGCAAAGCGGUGCCUGUGGAUCCCUCCGAUAUUGGAAGUAACUCAAUAAAUCAGCUGAUAGAACAGAUGGUGGCGGUGAUGAGACGAGGUCAAACCGUUGGUCUGUCUGCCCCCCAGAUUGGCGUGGGCUGUCAAGUUAUCGUGAUGGAAUACAAGAAAAAACAUAUGCAGAUGUAUUCGCCUGCGAUCAUACAACAAAGAGGAAUUAAAGAAUUUCCUCUGAAGAUUUUCAUCAACCCCCAAAUGAAGGUGUUGGAUGACACUAAAGUUACUCAACUUGAAGGAUGUGAAAGCAUUAAAGGGUAUUCCGCAUAUGUAGAGCGGUACCAUGCUGUGGAAAUCACCGGUUUGUCGCCCACUGGUGAGAUGCAGUCAUGGAAAGCAGACGGGUUUCCAGCACGAAUUAUACAACACGAAAUGGAUCAUUUACAAGGCCGAUUAUACAUCGAUAUCAUGGACCCCAAAUCGUUUGUGGAUGAUAGUUGGAGGCAGUGGAAUCUUGAAUAAAACCGCCACAUUCAAGUUUGAGUUCAAGCUCACAUCAUCUAUCAUGAAGUCUGGUUUGUUCAUCCAACCCCCAUCCAUCGUCAACUUUUCAGAAACAAACUCUUCUUGAAAACUCUGAAAGUGUUCAAAGUUGGUCUAUUUAUAUCGUCUCUUGUCAGUCACUACCACUAUGUUAGUAAUUUAUUGCUCUAAUAAUCGUAUAUGGCUUAUGUCAUCCACUGCUAACCUUUGACCUGCAGUCAGUGCAUGUUUGGUAAUCCUGUCGAUAAUAUUGGACUUUUGAAAUCUUGUAUUUCUGAUGCUUGGUGAACAUUGCAUUGUUGUGUGUGCUGGGUCUUGGAGUAGCAUUGAAUGUAAGCUGAGCUUGCUUAGAACUCCGCCUGUUAUUUGAUUAUUAAUCAAAAAACUAGUCACAAACAAAUAGAGAAUUGAUUGAAAAGUGACAAUUACAGGCUCCUCAAUCUGAAGGCCUCUGGUUUUUUAGCCACCGCCGGUCAAUUACACUGGCCACCACGCCUCCCAAGGCAGUUUCUUUAUCACUGAUUGCCUGUUUGGUCAAUAACUUGAACUCCAAUUUAAUUUUCGCUCAACAUUGUUGGCAUGAUUGCGCAGAGGUACUCCCAAGUCAAAUUCUUUUGUCAAAAAGUUAGCAGUGGAUUGCGUAACCCACAUUUGAUUAAUAAUUGAUCAAUUACUAAAAUUGUGACAGUGACUAACAAGGAAGGCCCUGUGGUUUGUUUCUUAGAUUGACCAUGUCACAUUUAUUCAUUUGUUGUCAAUAUCCGUGUCAAAUGAAUACUUUUGUGAUUUCCAGUCAAACAUUUUAUUUACCAAGAGUUUCUAAAACCACCAAUUUGUUUCGUAGGUCUUUCUAAAUUGAUAUUAAUAUCUUAUUUACCAAGAAGGCGACUGCAUGAUGCGAUCUUAUAUUAAAAUGAUGUGAAAAUACGCCUGAACUAUUUCAACUACAGGAUCACUGAUUUUGGUUUCCAAGAAACCAAUAAUUAUUCGUUUUUCAUAAAAAUUAACUUUGCAUGAAUUCAUGCAUAAUUUACAUACGCUACAUGUACUUACAUUGCAGGUGGCUUUAAAGAAAAAAUACUUCAAUCUAGAUUAUUAGUUUUUUCUUUGGCAUUCCUUGUCUUUGUUUAAAAGUGGUAUAAAAAUUCACCUCAAUUUGUUUUUGUUCCCUGUUGGACACAAUCCGAAAACAGGGACUUGUGUUUAAAGGUGCGUCUGUCUGGAUGUUUUGUAUAUAGUUGGAACAAAAACAUUACAUGAUGAUAGGCAUAUACACAUCAAUUUGUUGACCUUUGUCUAUCUUGGUUCAUUUUUUAAAUUGUCUCCAACUGUUUCUCAGACUUGACAUGUCCAAAUUGAAUUAAAACUUACCGUUGGUUACUCAUUUAUAAUGUAUGUGGUUUAAAACAGUCAAUUAUGUGGUUGUUUUGUUUUCCUCGUGGCCUACCUAUUUAUCGGAUAUACUUUCACAGAUUUUGUUUUGUACAAUGGCAAAACGUUAUGUUAUACAGAUUUGUUUGUUUUUUGUUUCUUUUACUUGAACUUUGACCAACUGGCUGCCAUUUCCAUCCAAAAUGUAAAUUAAAAAAACUUUAACAAGUGUAUACUCAAACUUGCUAACAACCUCACACAGGAUGGGUUUAAAUAAUGUUGCAAGUUAAUUCAAAAUGACUGACUAGAAGCUAUUAUGCUCGUUUUGUUUCAUUUUUUAAAUUUGAAUUUUGUCCGAACAAUUAAAAAAAAUUAAACUUUUCAUAAAAUGUUUCUUAAUGCAUGUCUUGGCCAUUUUAUUCGAACUUCAUAGGAACAUCACCAUUAAUAUUUUCCAUGGUUUGACUCAAAUUGACUGACGGCUACCGUGAUGUAGUUUUGUUUUUCAAGUAAAAAAAAUAAUUGGUACUGUAUAUUUAGUCCAAACAAAACUGAGGAACAAUCGUCUAUCUCCAUGUAUGCAUUUUUUGGGGGGGUUCUUUAGUUCUAAAAAGUAAAUAAAAAAAAAAAAGAAAACUACCGGGUAUGUUAAUCAAAGUGAGUGGUCGUUUAGGCAGCCUACUGGCUGUUUUCUCUAUCACUACCUCAGUUUUGAGUGUCUUUGCCAUUUCUGUGACACCCUUUAUGAGAUUUUGUUUUAGUUUGGUACAAUGCCAAGACGUGGUAAUCCAUGCAGGUGUCUUCAAUAAUAAGAUAAUUUUUAUUGAAAUCAUUACCAAUGAAUUUAUAUUAGCUUAAGUUAUUUUAUAUUUCAUAUAUUGCAUUAUAGUUUGUUAUUAGGGCAUGUGUCCCAAAUAAAAUUAUGUAUCAA